UUGCGUUUUCACGCAUGUUUCUGUUUCCGACGUGUGUGCACGUGCGUUCGUGUGAUUUGCUUCGUCCUACGACAUCGCCGACAGUGCGGCAAGUGAGACGGUUUCAUGGGAAGAAGCAAGAAGAAGACAAAUAAGGAGAACAAACUAAGGCCAGGCACGAAGAAAAGUUCGGAAAACCUCAAAGCAGAAUGCAGCGUCGACGAGCUCUUGUCCCAGAUGGAAAGCUGCGUGAACGAACUGCAGUACGAUCAAGCAAGGGAGCUUGGCGAAAACGCCUUAAGAAUGAAACCGGAGAACCUGAAAGUACUCGACGUCCUUUCCAGUCUGCUGCUCGAAAUGGGCGAUUCCACAAGAGCCUUCGAGCUGUUGCAAAGAAUGGUCCAGUUGGAUCCAGAUGGGGGCUUCAGGAAGUAUCUCAGCCUGGGCCAACUGACAGAUGGCAGGGAGUCAUUAGCACACUAUGCAAAGGGAGUGCAGAUACUGUGCAACUUGCUCCAAGAGCAACAUGGCUUGGCUGCUUCCUCUGAGGAAUGUAGUGGGGCUGACCUCAAUCGAGCAUUGUCAUCAGCAUACUGCGCCAUGGCUGAGAUCUACAUGACUGACUGUUGUGAUGAAGAGGAGGCAGAGCAGCAGUGUUCAGAGUUGGUGCAGAAGAGUGUCCAGGCCGAUCCCAGCAACCCUGAAGCCUUCCAAGUCCAGGCCAGCUUCCUGCUUGUCAAACAAGAACAUGAGGCGGCGAAGGAGGCGAUGCAGCGAAGUCUUGGCCUGUGGCUACCACAGCACGAGCGGCUGCUUCUGGGAGAAGAAGCUGGAAGUAGCGACCCUGUGGAGGUUUGUCCCCUAAGUUACAGCAGUCGAGUAAAUGGAGCCAAGCUACUAAUUGAGCUGGAGAUGCUUGAUGAGGCCAACACUGUUCUCGAUGGCUUAGUUGAAGAAGAUGACGAAGUGGUUGAUGUGUGGUACCUGCUUGGAUGGCUGAACUACCUCCGCGGAGGAGAGUUCUGGGGAAAUGCGCGGUACUACCUUAAUCAAGCUCGCCAGGUGGCCCAUAAGGUGCAGUUUGAUGAUGCAGAUGAGUUGGCCCACAUUGAGGAGCUGUUGGGCGAAUUAGGGCCAGAGCCCGAGGGAGGAGAUGAGGAAGACAAGGCAAGCUUUGCCAGUGAGAGUGAGGAAGAAGGAGAAGAAGCAAUGGAGGUGUAAGACACUUGGGGACACUGUGCAGAAUGAACUGAUGGUGAAAAGAAAGUGCGCUGUUUUUAAAAUGUG